AAGGGGAAGGCGCAUAAAGUCUCGCGGGAGAGCGCGGGAAGCGGUUUGAAAGAUGGCGGAUGAAGUGGACCAGCAGCAAACAACAAAUACUGUGGAAGAGCCACUUGAUCUCAUCAGACUUAGUCUAGAUGAGCGAAUCUAUGUCAAAAUGCGGAAUGACAGAGAGCUUAGAGGUAGACUACAUGCAUAUGAUCAGCACUUAAAUAUGAUUUUGGGUGAUGUAGAAGAAACUGUAACUACUAUAGAGAUCGAUGAAGAAACCUAUGAAGAAAUUUAUAAAUCCACCAAAAGGAAUAUUCCGAUGCUGUUUGUCAGAGGUGACGGCGUUGUGCUUGUAGCUCCCCCGUUGAGGGUUGGUUGAAGCAACAGAGGAUGUAAACUUGUUGGAAAAUUUCAGACUUUUGAACAAUGGUUCAUGUUUCAAUCAUGUGUCUCAAAAUUCUCUACAUGUAUUUUGUAGGAUGUUUUUGUCUACUCUUUUGGGAAGGGAAGGGGAACGAGUUUGUCUUGCAGAAAGUACACAUAGUCAAUGGAAGCAGUGUGAACCCAACCUGAUUUUCUCAGAAUUAAUGUAACCCAUGUAAAUUGGCUCUCUUGUCACAUCAGUAAAAGAAUCCUCCAUUUUUUCAGUAUUGAAAAAUAGCACUGUCUUACUUCUUUGUUUUAAAUAAAUAUGGUUUAUCUUUCAGA